CGCCAACAUAGUGAUAACAACGCUGCAUAAAAUAGGCAUGCAAAACAGUUCAGGCAGCGCAGCCAGCUUCUGCCUAGUUUAGAAACUUUUCAUAACCAUGCUUCUCUUCAUUCUACCAGCCCUUUUGGCUGUGUUCAUCCAACCAGCGUCAGCAGCCGUCAACUAUGCAUAUGCUGUCGAUAUCGACAAAGCAAUGACAGCAAGCACUUUCAACUGCUUCAAGAAGUCUGGCUAUAGCGCUGUAUUUAUCAGGGCUUAUAACCCGCAGGGUAGCGGACUAUUCGAUGCAAACGCUCCCAACAACAUUCGCAACGCCUAUUCGACUGGGCUAGGAACUGAGGUCUUCAUGACACCACAGCCUAAAUCGACAAAGACAGGUGCUGUUCAGUUCAAGGAGAUGUAUGAUGGCCUCAAAAAGGCUAACAUCAAUGUGAAAACCGUCUGGGUACAGGUCACAUCACCUGUGAACUGGGGCACUGACUCAAAGAAGAACAUUGCUUUCCUCAAUGACAUCGCCAAAACUGCAAUUUCCUACGGUAUCAAGAUCGGAUACUACACCAGUGUGUAUGACUGGAAUCAGAUUACAAAGAACACACCAGUAACGGAUCCCAACAUUCCGCUUUGGUACUGGAACAUUAAUGGAGCUGGACCAAGUGGCGAAACACCAGCUAACUUCAACGACUUCCGUGCAUUCGGAGGAUUCAAGCAGGCAAUGGUGAAACAAUUCGGACAGUCGGAGAGCAUCUGUGGAGUCGUUGCGAAUAGGGACGUCUACAACACAGCUGCAAAGACUCUCUUCACGGUUUCUAGAGUAGUGAACGGUGUGCUGAUUGUUGGCAUCUGAAGGAACUGGUUACCGUCGAAGGGAGAACGGUCUUGAACCUCAAUAAAUCUUGCAUUGUUGUUUUGUUUGUGCUUCUGACAGAAGGUAGUAAAACCCUCCUCAAUAAAAUAGCGG